GCUUGCAGCCUGGAUUGUGUGUUGCAUAACCACACUGCAGAUCCACAGCGGCGGCGGCCAGUGUCGGUUCAACCCCUCAUUCAUCGGUUUACUUCUUCACAAUGGCAGCUCCGAAGAAAGUCUGCAUCAUCGGCUCCGGAAACUGGGGCUCUGCCAUCGCCAAGAUAGUGGGUGCCAAUGCUGCUCAAAAUUCCAAUUUUGACACCACUGUAAAAAUGUGGGUGUUUGAAGAGACGGUGAACGGGCGCAAACUGACUGAAAUCAUCAACACUGACCAUGAAAAUGUGAAGUACCUUCCUGGGCACAAGCUGCCAGCUAACGUGCUGGCUGUUCCAGACCUGGUGGAGGCGUCCAGUGAUGCAGACAUUUUGGUGUUUGUGAUCCCGCACCAGUUUGUUGGGAAAGUGUGUGACACCAUAAAGGGGAAGAUAAAGACAGACGCACUGGGGAUAUCGCUCAUCAAGGGCGUCGACGAGGGACCUGAUGGACUCAAACUUAUCUCUGACGUGAUUCAGGAGAAGCUCGGUAUCACCAUGAGUGUGCUGAUGGGGGCCAACAUCGCCAAUGAGGUUGCUGAUGAGAAGUUCUGCGAGACCACCAUUGGGUGUAAGAAUAAAAACCACGGGGCUCUGCUGAAGGAACUCAUGCAGACCAACAACUUCCGAGUCACCGUGGUAGAAGAGUAUGACGUGGUGGAAAUCUGUGGAGCCUUGAAGAACAUUGUCGCGGUCGGAGCAGGUUUCUGUGAUGGUCUGGGCUUUGGAGACAACACAAAAGCAGCAGUGAUCAGGUUGGGCCUGAUGGAGAUGAUUGCCUUCGCCCGCAUUUUUUGCACCGCUGGUCCCGUGUCCUCUGCAACCUUCCUGGAGAGCUGUGGUGUGGCCGACCUCAUUACAACCUGCUAUGGUGGCCGCAACCGCAAAGUCGCUGAAGCUUUUGUGAAGACGGGGAAGUCCAUUGAGGAGCUGGAGAAAGAGAUGCUGAACGGUCAGAAGCUGCAGGGACCAGCCACAGCAGCCGAGGUCUAUCUCAUCCUCAAACACAAAGACCUAGUGGACAAGUUCCCGCUGUUCAACGCAGUGUAUCAGAUCUGCUAUCAGGGCCAUCCAGUCACAGAGUUCAUAAGCUGUUUGCAGAACCACCCAGAGCACAUGUAAACAACAACAAACUGACCAAGUGCCUUCUGAACGGAGAACAUUACCAUUCCUCACCUGUUACCCGUCACAAAUAGUCGGGGGGAUGACCAGUCACUCCACAGCUGUCGUGCAACCAAACGACUCCAGCCAGCGAGUGCAGUCCACGUUCACUCUUUCGGAGAGGUUGCAUAACAUUUGUGUGUUAAGCCCUCUACUUUGUCCUUAACACUGAGUUUCUUUUAAGUGCUUUCUUUUAUUUCCUGUCAUACAUGAAACUUGAAGGAUAAUUGGAUUUUCAGUCUCCGUGUGACGCUCAGAGAGCUCUUUUUGCCUGAGAUCUCUUUUUUUCUCUAAAAUCAGUAUGCAUGAUGUCACUUUUGUAGACAGCAACCAAGUUUAAAACACUAAUAUAGAUGUAGAGACUUGACUUGAUAUCAAAAUGUUCUUAAAACCGUCUCUGGCUGACUCUUGUUUUAAUCAACCCUUGACUGCCAUUCAGUUGAUAACACCUUUGUACAGUGUUUAUAUGGCACCACAUCAUGCAUUCAGAUUUUGGCAGGGCCGACCACUCAGGGCAGAGACCUGUUGAAAGCCUUCUGUAGAGGGGAUUAUCAUUAUCUAAUGUGAAUGGUGCCGUCCAGUGAAUGCCUGUCCAUCACAACUUAUUUAAUAAUAGAUGUAAUACCUCACCUCAUUAUGUCUGUGUGUGUGCUCAAAGUGUCUUACAUGAACCACUAUAUUUCCUGUCCUGUACUGUAUAUUACCAUACUGUCGAACGCACAGCAACUGUUUUUAACAAGAAAAUGCAAGUGCCUUAGAAUGCACGGUUGCUAAAUCUUGGCCAUUGUUUUUUUUUUCUUUUUUUUUUUCUUUCUGUCCAACCAAAGACUUCUUAAUGUCCGUCAACAAUGCCAUUUGUUAUAAUGUGAACCUGCCUGACCCCAUGUCCACCAAGUAUGUUGGAAAUUAUGUCAACACGUAUCUGUGAAUAAACUAAUUCUGUUGUCAAAUCA